AUGGGGAAUCAAGCAUGGUUGGAUAGAUACCAGAAUGCAGAGGUGACUUUCAUGAAUGAAGGUAGUUUUGAUCACUGUCCAGCCCUCUUACAGGUCUACCCGGAAGUGAGGUCAGGAAGGAAACCUUUUCGGUAUUUCCGAAUGUGGCAAAAGGCUCCUGGUUUUUUAGAGAAACUUCGCGAGGUAUGGCAGGAUCAAGUUUAUGGUGCUCCUAUGUUUAAACUAGUUCAGAAACUGAGGAAGUUUAAAGGAAAGUUGAAAGACUUAAAUAAGGUGGAAACAGGUGAUAUUAAUGUGGAUGUUUCUUAUAAGCUACAGGAGCUCCAUUCCCUUCAGUCGGAACUUCAAAAUAAUCCGCGGGAUAGGGAGCUUAUCAUCCAAGAAAAGGAGGCUAGGGAGAGGUAUGAAGAAGCUCGGUCAAAUCUCAUUUCCUUCCUUCGACAAAAAGCCAAAUUGCAUUGGCUUAAGGAUGGGGAUGAGAAUACCUCUAUGUUCCAUGCGAGUAUUAGAGCCCGAAGAACUACAAGCCGAGUUUAUGCCAUAGAGGAUAAAGAAGGUUGCCAGGUACACGAGCCCCAUCAAAUCACAGUAGCUUUCUUGAGUUUUUAUGAAGAUCUCUUGGGAACAGCCAUGGCUCACAGGAAAAGUGUGAUGUUAGGGGUGAUUAAACAAGGGCCUCUGAUUAACGAAACUCACAAAAGAUUACUACAGCACCUGUAUACAGAUGAAGAUGUUAAAAAUUCCACCUUUGCGAUUCCAGGAAACAAAUUGCCAGGCCCGGAUGGUUACAGCAGCUUCUUUUUCCAGACAAUUGGGAAAUGGUAG